CUGGACUUUGCGGGUACAAGAUGAUGAGGAGGACGGCAGAGCUGGACGAGUUUGCCUUCGACCUGAUCGACACGAGCCCAGGCCUGCCCGUGACCAUCGGAGUGACUGGGUGGCUGCUGGACGAGGACGACAGCGCGUGGAAGGUGUGGGAUAGAGCCCUCUGCUCGGUCGCCAGCGACGGGGGGGAGACUCUUGCCCUGCGGUGGGAGUCGAAGCAGCUGAGGGAGAUGGGACGGGUGGUCUCCUCCUACCUCAAGUCGCAAGCUGGAUACUACACUACCUCCGUGGUGGGCAGCGUCGUCCUCGGUGCCGCCUUCUUCUCCCUGACCUGGCCGAGGACCCUCAUCUCCGCUGCCUCCUGGAUCGACAGCACCUGGAGCGUCACGGAGCUCCGAGCCGACAAGGCCGGCAAGGAGCUCGCGCGGACGCUCGCCAGCCGGGUGCAGGGCUACCGGCCGGUGACGCUGGUCGGGUUCGGAGUCGGAGCUCGGAUGAUCUUCAAGUGCCUGCUGGAGCUGUCGAAGCUCGGAGCUGAGGGCGCUGGGAUCGUCGAGACUGCCAUCUGCAUGGGAACUCCCUGCCCCGCCAACCCCAAGGACUGGAGGAGAGCUUCCUCCGUGUGCGGACACCGGCUGGUCAACGCCUACUGUCAGACGGACUGGGUCCUGUCGUUCCUCUAUCGUUCCUCCAGCUUCAGCAGAUCUGUCGCGGGGCUGCAGGCGAUUCAGCUGGAGGGGGAGGAGAACUCGAACCUGGAGAACGUUGACGUCACCGGCAUCGUCAAGGGGCACUGGGACUAUCGGGACAAAAUUCACACCCUCAUGCAGGUGUUUGGCUUGUCCUCUGGCUUCUCUGUCAGCGUACCAGCAAGCCAGGAAGAGGAGAAGGUGCCGGAGACUGAGCCGAUCACUGUGGAGACGAGCAAAGAAGAAACUUGAAAGAGCAGACAAGACAAAGAGUCGAGGACAUGUAAAACGAUAGCAAGUUUGAUCUAGGUGUAGAGAAAAAAAUGUUGCAAUGUGGCAG